GUGGGCAGCGGAGCAGCAAGCCAAUGAUGGGGCUGACGUGUCUGAAGCUGAUGCAUCACAGCCAUCGAGGCGCUUUCGGCGUAUCCCCGAUGCAGAUGAUCCGCGGCGCGCUGAUGUUCGGGGCAAGCUUCCAAUCGAGCAGAUUCGGGAUAGCGUGGGCGAGGUGCUUGGUUCGUCGCAAGUUCUGGUCGUGUCUGGUGGGACUGGAAGUGGCAAGACGACGCAGCUGCCGCAAUUUCUGCUUGACGACUGGGAGGCCGAUCAUGCCCCGAGGAUCGUGGUGACUCAGCCCCGCCGCAUUGCUGCCAUCUCUGUAGCUGAACGAGUGGCAUGGGAGCGUGGUGAACGGGAAUUCUUGACUGUUGGGACCUUGCUGCGACGUGCAGUUGAUGACUCAUGCUUGCGGAAUUGCGAUGUGGUAAUCGUGGAUGAGGUGCAUGAGCGAGACAUGCUUACGGACUUCCUCCUGGUGUUGCUUCGGGAGGUAUUGCCAAGCCGGCCUGACUUGAAGCUCAUUUUGAUGAGCGCCACUUUGGAUGUGCAUGCGUUCACAGACUACUUCGAUUCUUGCCCCGUGCUCGAGGUCCAAUCCGAAACGCUUUUCCCUGUGGAAGAGGUUCAUUUGGAGGACGACUUCUUUGCAGAGUUCACCUACACUCAUUCGCUGAUGGCCGUGGAGGAAAGCGCCAGGGAAGCGUUGGAGAAGGAUGACAGUGAUGAGCUUGAAGGGUCUGCAAACGGAUCCCGGAUGCUUUGGGGCGGAUAUGACGGUGGGGAGAUCGACAAGGUACUUCAUGUCAUGGACUCAUCUAUAUGCGCUGUCGUGCGGGAGAUCUCCAACCGGAGUGGCAAAGACGUCAAAGGCUCCGUCCUAUGCUUUCUUCCUGGUUGGUCUGAAAUCAGGCAGAUGCAGGAGCGUUUGAGCGGAGGAGAAGAAGCCAAGCAGAUUUGGACAGUGCCUUUGCAUUCCACCUUGCCCAAGGAGAAGCAACAACAAGUCUUUCAAAAGCCGCCAAGAAGCAAAGUGAAAGUCAUCCUCGCCACCAACAUUGCCGAGAGCUCUGUGACUAUCAACGAUGUAGAGGUCGUUAUUGACUCUGGCUUGCAGCGCGAACUGGCCUAUGAUCCCAAGCGGCGGAUGUCUUCUCUGGACACU